CCUUAACCAAUACAUUUUUCAGUCGUUCUGUUACGUCUCAAGCGCAUAUUGAGAAUAUUUAAUCGGUCUGCCGGUGUCAUGGAAUCGACCAAUCAAACUGACCUGAGUCCUACUCAGACGGGCCAUUUAUUGGAGUCGAAAAUAUUCCGCAACUUUAGUCGAUUAUCGCGGAAAAAGCCGAAAAUCGAUUCGCCAAAUGUGAAAAUGUCUGAGCUGCUGGUGGAGUCGAGUGAUUCCGGCAACGAAAAACCGGAAUUCACCAACGAUUUCGAAUGUACUUCUCCAGCGCACGAAUGGAGAAAAUUAAUAAACAUCAUCCUGCCGGUCAGUGUGGAGGCGUUACGAAAUGAACUGUUUUCGAAAUCAAAGUUUAUGGAAGAUUUUCAUGCAAUGCGAAAGCACUACGAUAUACACAAUACCGAAUGGGAACGAUCUGAUGAUGGCAAAAUGCGGAGAACAAUAAAAUACAAAAUGCCAUUGACCACCAAUCUUGGUUUCGGUCCAAAGUUUACAAGUAUUACACAAAUGCAAACCGAAAGCUCCUGUUGCAUACCGAAUCGAUUUUAUGCGGUUGAUGUGGUCAAUUCAAAUGAAAACAUUCCGUACGCCGAUGUUUUUGAAGUUGCGAUACAUCAUUGUAUGCUCAGCACGAUCGAUAACCACACGAUGUACUCAGUGUACGGACAAUUACGUUACAAAAAGUCGGCCUGGGGAGUGGUCAAAUCUCGAAUUGAAAAGAAUUGUCUGGCUGGAAUGGAUGAAUAUUACAUUGAUCUGCAGAACACCUUACAAAAAGAAUUGUGCACUCCUCCGUCGAAGGGAAAACGAAGCUCUAGGAAAAAGUUGUCCUUCUCCAUAAAACAACAAGCCAUUUCUAAUCAAAGUGGUGAAUUAGAUCCAAUAAUGGAAUUCAAGGAAGAUAGUCCAUCGAAAGAAGCAAGUAUUUUGAUGUGGUUAACAUUCAGCAUACUUGUCGCUGUCAUAGCUAUGAGUGCAGUACUUUUAUUUAAGUUAUGGAAACUAGAGCAGGAAUUAACUAUUGAGCCUAUGCCCGAGUACGAUUCAUUAAGGUCAAUAGAGCGAUCAAGUGAAGAAUGGAUACAGCUGUUGCGUAAUCAGCAAAAUAUUCAUGAAACAAAUGUACAGAAAUGGCUAAACAUUUUAGAAGUAGCUGUAACACUGAUUCAAAAUACUGAACGAGUCUUGGUGGAAUUGAUCGAACAAGUGCAGUUGAAAGGAGUCACUGAGAUACACUCAGUAGAUAAGUGCCACAUCAACGACUAAUAUACAUAACCUCAAAGUGUCAGUGAGCAUAACCAUUAGAAUAGAAUUACGUGUACUCAAUUUAGUUGAAUUUGCUUUGUUUUCCAAAAAGUCUGAUAGUUCUUGAAUGUAACGAUGAUGUAUAUAUACGUAAUAAAUGACUAGUUACUGCUU